CUGAAGUUAAUAAGCUGCCGAACCAGGGGCAAGGAGGAUAGUGGCAAUUACACAGCAAACUGUGAAACAGUGUUUCUCCUUUGAUACUUCCAAAAUGAAAAUUGAUAUUCAUAGCCACAUUCUACCUAAGGAAUGGCCUGACCUGAAAAAGAGAUAUGGAUAUGGUGGAUGGGUACAGCUGGAUCAUCACUGCAAGGGACAGGCAAAGAUGAUGAAGGAUGGAAAGAUCUUUAGAGUUAUUCAAGAGAACUGCUGGGAUCCAGAAGUGCGGAUUAAAGAGAUGGACCUAUCAGGAGUUACAGUCCAAGUCCUUUCCACUGUCCCUGUGAUGUUCAGUUACUGGGCGAAACCUCAGGAUACUUUAGAUCUAUCCCAGAUGUUGAAUAAUGACUUAGCUGAUACAGUAAGAAAGUACCCCAAGAGGUUCAUAGGCUUGGGUACGUUACCUCUGCAAGCUCCAGACCUGGCUGUGAGGGAAAUGCAUCGGUGUGUGAAGGAACUUGGAUUUCCAGGAGUACAAAUAGGAUCUCAUGUCAAUGAGUGGGACCUGAAUGCACCAGAACUCUACGAUAUUUAUGCUGCUGCUGAACAACUAAAUUGCUGCCUUUUUGUACACCCCUGGGACAUGCAGCAGGACGGAAGGAUGUCCAAAUACUGGUUUCCUUGGCUGAUAGGUAUGCCAGCAGAAACAACCAUGGCCAUUUGCUCCAUGAUUAUGGGAGGAAUUUUUGAAAGAUUUCCGAAGCUGAAAGUUUGCUUUGCACAUGGAGGAGGUACUUUUCCAUACACAGUGGGGCGAAUCUCCCAUGGAUUCAACAUGCGCCCCGAUCUGUGUGCCAUGGAUAAUAAGGUGGAUCCAAGAAAAUACCUCGGUUCAUUUUACACAGACUCUCUAGUCCACGAUCGUGGUGCACUAAGGCUCCUAACAAGUGCAAUAGGAGAGGACAGAGUUAUUUUAGGGACAGAUUACCCUUUUCCACUGGGGGAACUCGAACCUGGAAAACUGAUUGAUUCAAUGGACGAUUUUGACAAUAAACUGAAGGAUAAGCUCAAGGCCGACAACGCUCUGGAAUUUUUGGGUCUUAGCAGAAAGCAAUUUGAAUAAAGCCGAAGAUCCCGCAGAGGCCAAGCUUCAGAAAUGGCACUGAGUUCUCAGGGAUGCUCGACUCUCCCGCGCGGCGGUGCUGUGGGAAUAAAGCCGAUCAGCCGUUA